GCGGCGUAAACGCUGUGUGCCAGUGGGAAUCUGCAACACGGCCGCACCCACUUCAGCUGUCAAUUUUCUCCGCCCAGCUGGCAGUGCUCUCGGCACCGGAUUGGCUGUGUGCCGUGUCGGUCAGUAGAUGGCCCCCGCGUACACUGGUUCACCUCAGGACUCUGCUGCUGCCUCCUGUCAGUACCCGGACGGGUGUCGGACAAUGCAGGGUCCGCGGCUCCGAGAGUCGGGAUGAAGGCAGGACGUGACUGGCUGUGAAACUUUUUUUUUUUUUUUUACCCCAAACACCCCGCCCCCCCCUUACCACUCCAUCACCCGGACCAAAGAUGGCGGGCGGCUCCAUCACAUUGCCCACUCUUAACAUGGCGGCGCGCAGUCACGGCCGGGUGCUAGCUGUGAUGUUCCUGGCUCUUAGCGGCUGCCUGGCCGGUUCUGUCCUGGGGGAAGAGGAGAGCGAGAAGACCGUCAUCAUCGGGCUGCGGCUGGAGGACACCAACGAGGUCUCUGCCAUGGAAGGCGGAGCCCUGAGGGUGAGCGAGAGGACCCGGGUCAAGCUGCGUGUGUACGGGCAAAACAUCAACAACGAGACGUGGUCCAAGAUCGCCUUUACGGAGCACGAGCGAGCCAAGAGCCCGUUGGGUAUAGAGUAUACCCCGGGGGGCCACCCCUGCGGCAUCCGGACCUCAGACAUCAUCAUCCGACCUUCGGUGGUGCUGACCAGGAGCAGCUCGGGCAUCGUGGAGAUCGAGAUAAAACCCCUGAGGAAGACUGAGAAGAGCAAGUCCUAUUACCUGUGCACGUCCACCUCAACCCCGGUGGUGGCGGCCAGUGCCGGGGGUCACCAGCCCUGGACGGAGACCACCUGGUUCUACCACGACGGGGAGGACACCAAGGUGAUCGUGGUGGAGGAGAAGAAGUUCCUGCUGCCCUUUUGGCUUCAGGUGAUCUUCAUCGCCCUCCUGCUCCUUCUGUCCGGCAUGUUCAGCGGACUGAACCUCGGCCUCAUGGCCCUGGACCCCAUGGAGCUGAGGAUCGUGCAGAACUGCGGCACCGAGAAGGAGAAGAACUACGCCAAGAGGAUCGAGCCGGUCCGGAGACAGGGCAACUACCUGCUCUGCUCCCUGCUGCUCGGCAACGUGCUGGUCAACACCACCCUGACCAUCCUGCUCGAUGACAUCGCCGGCUCCGGGCUGGUGGCCGUGGUGGUGUCCACCAUCGGCAUUGUGAUCUUUGGGGAGAUCGUGCCCCAAGCCAUCUGCUCCAGGCAUGGCCUGGCCGUCGGGGCCAACACCAUCUUCCUGACCAAGUUCUUCAUGAUGAUGACAUUCCCGGCUUCUUACCCGGUCAGCAAGCUCUUGGACUGCGUGCUGGGCCAGGAGAUCGGCACGGUCUACAACCGGGAGAAACUGCUCGAAAUGCUCAGGGUCACCGACCCUUACAAUGACCUGGUCAAGGAAGAGCUUAACAUCAUCCAGGGGGCUCUGGAGUUACGGACCAAGACGGUGGAGGAUGUCAUGACCCCUCUGAGAGACUGCUUCAUGAUGGCAGGAGACGGCACCCUGGACUUUAACACCAUGUCCGAGAUCAUGGAGAGCGGCUACACCCGGAUCCCCGUCUAUGAAGGGGAGAGGUCGAACAUUGUGGACUUGCUCUUCGUCAAGGACCUGGCCUUCGUGGACCCGGACGACUGCACCCCCCUGAAGACCAUCACCAAGUUCUACAACCACCCCCUGCACUUCGUCUUCAACGACACCAAGCUGGACGCCAUGCUGGAGGAGUUUAAAAAAGGUAAAUCUCAUCUUGCUAUCGUGCAGAGAGUAAACAACGAGGGAGAAGGGGAUCCGUUCUAUGAAGUUCUGGGGAUUGUUACCUUGGAAGAUGUCAUCGAAGAGAUUAUCAAAUCCGAGAUCCUUGAUGAAACAGACUUAUACACCGAUAACAGGACAAAAAAGAAAGUGACACAUCGGGAAAGAAAGCAAGACUUCUCAGCGUUUAAACAAACUGACAACGAAAUGAAGGUUAAAAUAUCUCCGCAGCUUCUGCUGGCCAUGCACCGUUUCCUAGCAACAGGCGAGUUGGAGGUUGAUGCGUUCAGCCCGUCCCAUAUGUCUGAGAAGAUUCUCCUGAGGCUGCUGAGGCACCCAAACGUCAUCCAAGAGCUGAAAUUCGAUGACAAGAACAAGAAGUCUCCUGAAUGCUACCUCUACCAGCGUAGUAAACCCGUGGAUUACUUUGUCCUUGUUUUACAGGGGAAAGUAGAAGUUGAAGCUGGGAAAGAAGGCAUGAAGUUUGAAGCCGGAGCCUUCUCAUACUAUGGCGUGAUGGCGCUCACAGCGUCACCAGUUCCCUUGUCCCUGUCUCGUACCUUUGUUGUCAGCAGAACAGAAUCGUUAGCUGGUUCUCCAGCAGAAAAUAAAUCCCCCCCUCGCCCGUGCGGGUUGAACCAUUCGGACUCCUUAAACCGCAGCGACAGGAUAGACGCCGUUACACCGACCCUCGGGAGCAGCAACAACCAGCUAAACGCCUCGUUCUUGCAAGUGUAUAUCCCGGAUUACUCCGUACGAGCCGUCACAGACCUGCAGUUUGUCAAGAUCACAAGGCAGCAGUACCAAAACGCCCUAAUGGCUUCCCGAAUGGACAAAACGCCCCAAUCCUCAGACAGUGAAAACACUAAAAUUGAAAUGACUCUCACCGAGCUUCACGACGGUUUAGCGGACGAGACGGCGAACCUUCUAAAUGAACAGAACUGCGUGACGCACAACAAGUCCAAUCACAGUAUGCACAGUGAAGGGCCCAUCUGAGGUUUAACCCGACGCGUCGGAGUUCAGGACAAUCCUCACUACAUUCUGAAGCUUCACUCCCGGAUUCCUAAUUGUGAUAAACGUCACGAGUACGAGCGAGCCACCCCACCACCCUGAGACCAAAGAUUCCUAGGCCAGCGGCGGCAGGAACCAAGAGCUCCGAACCCGAGCAGGAGAUAGACUUGUACGGAGACGGAUAAUAACACGUAAUAGGGAUCGGUGAGUUAGACCAAAAAAACGAGGAGCCUUUACCUACAGGAGAACAUCAUCUUCCACCGUCUUCGAGCACGUGUCGCCUUUAACAGGAUAUUCAGAGACACGAAAGUUGAUAUUAUUUGUUAUACCCCAUUAUUAUGAUAUCUUAGCCCAAAUUUUGAUAUUUAAGAGAACGGAUUCUAUAAACUGAGGUGCCGGAUGCAUGGUCUAAAGCGCCCUGCUUGGGAUAAAGAUGGUCCACGAUGGACAUGUCAGUGUUUAUAAUAUCUGCCCCCCAAGGGCAGUAGUCAGCGCACUCCUUGUAUUCUCUGCCACCUUGUAUUUGUUGAACACGUGCUGCUUUUUUGUGUUAAAAACGAUGCCGCCAGACUUUAAGCAGCUCAAAUUUAGAGAUUUAGAAAGAUUUUGGCCAAUUGGUCAAGUCCAGCGUUUCGGUUUCCCACCAAGUUAGUGCCCCAGGGAUGUUAACAUUAACAACCGGUUUCAG